AAAGAAAAUUUACAUUUUAAUCAAAAGUUACCAAAAGCAAACAAGCCACAACGAAUCUGUACGCAGCAGACACACACUGCAUCUAAGUAGCUAGACAAAUGAAAAACUAAAUAUUCCUCCAUGCUAUCUAGCGAGCCAACCAAGCAAUCAACCAACGAAACAGGCAGCCAACUAGCUUAUAGGAGUUACAAAAGUUUGCAUAUUUGUUAAGGAUAAAUUCAUACAAACUGACAACAAUUGGGACUAAAAUCAAAACGUGCAGGAUAACAGAAUUAGUGGAAUUUAAAAACAACAGCAAGAACUGCAACAACUAAAAACAAUAACAAUACAGAGAGAAGCUGGAAAAACAAAUCACGACACAACGUCGUUGCACAAAAAAUGCAAUUGUGGCCAGUGUUGUUAUGGCCUAAGCCAAAGGCUAGACAACGUAUACAACACUAUAGGAAUAGAAACAUAAAUUUACAAUUUGCUACAAGGACCUUCUCAACCCCAGCUGCAACAGCAACACUAACAUUUCACUAUGCACUUAUAAUCAAUACAUUGCUAUUGAUAACAACAACGUGGGGGCUAACAACCACCCAACAGCAACAACAACAACCAACAGGCAAUUAUGAAGGAGCAAAUGCUGUGGCAGAGGCUGCGGAUGUUGUAGCGGCCCUAACAGGAUUAACAAAUGGUUAUGCCAGUCCAGACUACAUAAAGAAUUACUAUCAUGUAAGUGAGGCGGCGGAAACUACAGAACAACAGCAGCAGCAACAACAACUACAUCAACAAAACAAUGCUGUAGCAGUUAGAUCGGGUCAACAAGGAGAUGCUGUGGGUGCCGCUGGUAUUAUUGGUCGUGGCUUUAUGGGCUUACAGUCAAACAAUUAUGGAAAUUCUAUUGUUGCUCGGGGUGUGACUACUGGAGAAGGUGUAGGUAGAGGUCUAGCUCAUGAAGAUACAUUUAGUGUUUAUGACGGUGGUUUUGUGCCUACAACUUUUACGGCUGCUGGCCAGCAUUACGCAGCAUCUUUAGGAGGUCGACAAAGUGCUACAGAUAAAAAUAAUGUACUGCAUCACUAUGCCACGACUGCGGCAUAUAAAAACAAUUUACAUGCGAAUCAUCAGCCUUAUGGAAAUAGCAAUAGUAAUAGCAACUACAACAGCAAUAACAACUUUAUUGCUGAAGCCGGUAACAACAAACAUAACAAUAUGGCACAAAAAACUUUGUUUAGACGAUUAUCAAAUUAUGACGGCCUAGAUAAUGUUGAUGGUGUUACUACCGGGGAUGCAAGUAUUGCAGACGAUGAUGGUGGUGAGAGUGAAGGUGAAACUAUUGCAGGCAAUGGUGGCGAAGGUCUUAUGGAAAAGUAUGCAGUGACUUAUGAAGAUAAAGCACAACAAAUUCCAGUACUACGGAAUUUCUAUAAUCAACAAACAAUAUUUAAUAAUGACCAGCAGGAACGAGAGAAAACUUUUGCAAAUUAUUUUCCACCAUCAAUGACUGCAACAACUACAGUUGGAUAUGAAAUAGAAAACCCGCAAAAAUAUUACACAUUAAAUAAUUAUAUAGAAACGACAAAACCACAACAGCAGCAGCAAUAUAUACAAUAUCAACACAAAUUACCAGCAUACGCAUCACAACAACAACAGCAGACCAUUACUACCAUGCCAGCGCCAGCUACAUAUUAUCAAACAUUUAUACAACAUAAAAAUGAUAACCAAGAGCAUCACAGUCAUCAACAACAUUACCGCCAUGUAGCUGGAGAUAAUUAUCACACAUGGAAACAAAAUCAAAUAAUGGCUAAUUAUCAGCCAAAACAAUCAACAACAAUAGAAAAACAGCAGCCACAUAAACAGCAAACACAGCAGAAGCAUUUACAAUCAAACAAUAAUCAACAUCAACACAGUUCAAUACAAGAACCGGAAACAGCAGAAACCUCACAAAGUACUCGCAUUAAAAAACCCCUUAAACACAAGAGCAAACGCCACGAUGCCCAGGAACAAGCCUAUAAUUAUGAUGCCCUGCUUGAAAACAAUGAUAUUGAAACCGAAAGGGAUGAUAUAUCUGCUAUACAACUGCAACAAUUACAACAUCUGCAACAUCAGCUGCAUCAACAACAACAACAGUUUGUAGAUUUACAACAUCAACUAAUUGAUCAUGAUCAACAAUUACAAAUACAAAAGCAAAUUGCACAAUCUCCUCCACCAGCAUUACCACCCAUUACACAUACCGUGCACCAUAAUCCGCAUAGUUUACAGGCUUUAACUGGCACGCCAAUAAGUCAACAUACCCAGGUUAUUAAAGCUAUACCCAUACCACAACAUCAACAGAUACAUGUACCUUAUAGAGAAAAUUUAACUAUCGAAGUGCCCGAUACUAUGAUAACAGCGAUUAAUAAACCUGUACCCAUUGAAAUUCCCCUGACUAGAACUGUGACUAUACCAAAAAUUCAAGAGGUUAAAAUACCCAUACAAAAACUAAAACCCUUUCCAGUUGAACGUCCCAUUCCCUAUAUAGUUGAGAAGCGUGUACCAUAUCCGGUGGAGAAACAAAUAGCCAAACCGGUUUACUACCCAGUACCCAUAAAAGUACCCAUUGUACAUACAGUAGUACAUAAAGUUCAUCAGCCUGCUUAUGGAAACUAUCAGCAGCAUGGUAAUUAUCAUCAGCCCCACAAUUAUCAUCAACAGAGCUACCAUUUACCUCACACCGUUUAUCGUCAUAGUCAUGGGCAUGGUUCUGGUCACGGGCAUGGUCAUUCGUAUUCUCAUUCUCAUCAUUACUAAAUUUAAUUUUCUUCUUAUUUCUUAAUAUUUAAUAUUUUCAAUUUAAAAUAUUUGAUUUUAUUAAGACCAAUUACAAAUUAUUUAAAUAUAGGGAAUAUUUAGCGAAGUCCAACAACAACAGAGUCAGAGGAAACAGACCUCGUUUAUAAAUUUAUAUAAUACUUAAAUAUAUAAGUAUUAAUACAAUAAAAUAUAUAUUUUUUUUAUGUUGCAAACAAUUGGUUUAAAAAUUACUUAAUUUUAAUAACAAAAAUUCAAGUUUUUAUUUAUUUUCAUUUCGAACCUCAGUUUUCUAUCGUCGACUGAAAAUUUGUACAAAUAAAUACUCUAAAAAAUAAUAAUAAUAAUAAUAAUAAUUAAUAAUUUUUAUCACGAUAAGCUUGAAUAUACGAAAAUGUUAAGAACUAUUUUAAAA